UUGCUGUGGCGGGCUUUACUCCGAGGGGCUUUAUUUCAACGGCUUUUUUUAUAGGAGGUCUUUAUUUAAACCUGCUACAACAUGCAAACCCUCAGCGGAUCCUUUGUUAACGUAUGGCGUCCAUUUUAUUUUCACAGUAUUUUUAUAAAUUGUCCAUAAUCUCGAAACUGGGUAGAUGUGUGUGAAAUCUGCGCAAUAAUAACUUCCGGAUUAACUACAAACCAGGAGUAGGAAACUUUACGUCUAGUCAUUGAUUCCAAAAGUAUGGGCAGGCUUUUAGGACAGUCAUGAAGAGUAUACACGAGCGUCCACACAAAAAUAUUUUACAACAGACAAAGAACGCCGUAGAAAACGACUUCAUCUUUUUCAAUACGCUUCCGUGAGAGAAGACUACGCCCACUUUUCCGCACUCCAACUCCUGCAAAAACGUCUGUAAACAAAGCACUUUACUAUGGGGGGCCAGAUGUCCAUCAAUGACAGUGUCCAUGUGGUGAUUGUUGGUGGGGGUUUUGGUGGAAUUGCAGCAGCCCAGGAACUUAAAUAUUAUGGGGUGCCCUUUAUGUUAAUUGAUCCUUCAGAUGCUUUCCAUCACAAUAUUGCAGCUCUCCGUGCUUCCGUUCAAAGCGGCUUGGCUCAGCAGACAUUCAUUCCAUACAAAGAGACCUUUGGAUUGAGUUUCCUGCAAGGCCGUGCCAUACAGACUGACACUACAGCACAAAUUGUUGCGCUUGACAAUGGAAAGGAAGUUCAUUAUUCACACCUCAUCCUAUGCACUGGGACACAUGGACCCUUUCCUGGAAAUUGCAGUGCUGUACAUUCCUACCAGAAAGCUGUCAAGCAGUAUGAAGAUGUUGUGAAAGAGAUCCAGGCAUCAGACUCGGUCCUUGUGAUUGGUGGUGGAGUGACGGGGGAAAUGGCUGCUGAGCUCAAGACAGAAUAUCCAAACAAGAAGGUGAUUCUUAUUCAUUCCCAUGAGGACCUAGCUGAUUCAGAACUGCUUCUCAGUGUGAGAAAUCAGGCCAAAAAUAUUCUGCUGGAAAAGGGAGUAGAACUUAUACUAGGACAGAAGGUAUCCAAUCUGAAUGAGCUGGAAUUCAAUGUGACUCAGAAGGGCAUGGUGAUCAAGACUAAUAAAAAAGAACAGAUCACCAUUGAUCUUGCAAUUUGCUGUACAGGCAACAAGAUCAACUCAGGUGCAUACAAGUCCAGUCUAGGUGGGUCUAUGGCAGAGAAUGGGGCCCUGAAAGUAAAUGAGCACAUGCAGGUGGAGGGGUUUGACAACAUAUAUGCUGUUGGGGACUGUUCUAAUAUCAGUGAACCCAAGAUGGCUUAUCAUGCUGGUCUCCAUGCAAAAGUGGCUGCUACAAAUAUUGUUAGCAGCCUGUCUGGAAAAUCACUGACAUCAUACCAUACAGGAAAUAUAACAAUGGUGGUGGCUAUGGGAAGAGAUGAUGGAGUGGGCCAAUUUAAUGGCUAUAAGCUACCUCGCUUCUUAGUUACCAAAGGAAAGAGUCAGGGUCUGCUGCUGUGGAAGAGCUGGAGAGAGAUGGGACAGAACCCCCCCACCCCCCACCCCCCGCUAGAAGUGAAAAUAGAUUUAGUAACAGGUGAUGCAGCCUAUGGGAACAUCAAGGUGCUUGAUAUUAUUUCUGAGCAUGAGGGCAAUGAAUGA